AUGGAGCCGGGCUCGGUGCCGGGCUCUGGUUCGGUGCCGGGCUCGCUCCUGCUGGCGCUCAGCGAGGGCGAGCAGCGGCGCUACGCGGAGCUCUUCGCGCGCUGCUGCCCGCCCGGCGCCGCCGCCGCCGCUGCGCCCGAGGCGGCCGCCGGCAGCGUGGCCGAGCUGCUCCGGGCCUCGCAGCUGCCCCCGGACACGCUGCUCCAGAUUACAGAAGUUUGUGGAGCCAAACGUGUGGGUUGUUUUGGUCCUGCUCAGUUUUAUAUUGCUUUGAAGUUAAUUGCGGCAGCACAGUCGGGGCUUCCAGUGCGGAUUGAGAGCAUUAAGAAUGAGUUGCCUCUGCCACGGUUUAUGGCGAUGAAAAAUGACAGUGAAAUACGUUAUGGGAAUCCAACAGAACCCCAUGGAGUUAAAUUUCAGGUUCCACAUGCAACUUUGGAAAAAAAUUCCUACAAAAGAACAGAUGAAGGGGACAAACAGGAACCCAAGUCUCCUCCAAUGUCACCAAUCUGUUCACCUCCUGCUUCUCCRUCUAGUUAUCAGAGAACACACCUAAGUUAUGGAUAUGGUAAAUCAAGAAAUGGGCUGGAGCAGCAGCACGGAGCACCUUAUGAAGUCAGACAUUCUACUCACCAGCAAGAGGGACCAGCGUCAGGGAAUUAUGGAGCCAAAUCUACACGUGCAUGUUCAACUCUUAACCGGUCUCUUUCAGUGGAGCGGGAGGCGCCGGACAGCAGUGCCCAUUACGCYGAUGACCCGUGGAGAAUAACAGAGGAGCAGCGAGACUACUACGUGAACCAGUUCCUCUCCCUGCAGCCCGACCUGAACGCCUUCAUUUCAGGUUCUGUGGCAAAGAAUUUCUUCACAAAAUCAAAGCUUCCCAUUCCAGAGCUUUCUCACAUUUGGGAACUGAGCGACGUCGACUGCGAUGGAGCGCUGACGCUCGCGGAGUUUUGUGCGGCUUUCCACCUUGUCGUGGCCAGGAAGAAUGGAUACCAGCUGCCGGAGACGCUGCCGGAGACGCUGCUCCCUGACUACCUGCAAGCAGCUUCUUUGAAGCCUAUUCGUGACUGUGCGCUAUUUGAUUCCUAUUCUGAGCCAUUGCCAGGCAGUCAACAGACUCGGGACUUUAAUCGGCUGGAGAAGACAUCAGCUGAAGAGGUACCUGAUAACUCUGGCGUAAUAAAAGAUGCAAGCAAAGAUGAUAAACAAGUCCUUAAAACAAGCAUUGCUAUCAAACCAAUACCAAAGGAAUUUCAGCACACGACUGUGAAAACAGUUGCUCAGGAAUCUAUUGCACUUAGAGCCCGGCCGAGAUCCAGGUCUUAUUCCAGCACAUCGAUAGAAGAUGCCAUGAAAAAGGGAGAAGAGCCUCCUACUCCACCUCCAAGGCCACAGAAAUCCCAUUCCAGAGCUUCAUCUUUGGAUCUGAACAAAAUAUUUCAACAAAAUGCACAAGCUGCAAGGUCAGGCUGGCUGCCCCCACCACCACCUGCACUGCCCCCUCGACCGUCUGUGACUCAGACAGAGCAAGCAUCCGAGGUUGAAUUACAUCCUCAGAUGACUAGACCGCCAUCACAGGCAGAAGAAAACAGUUCAGCAAAGAAGGAGGUUGUGCUCGCUCAGCUGCCCUCCAAACCYGUCCGCAGGAAGUUCCGGAUGGAGACACAAGCGCUGGAGAACCCCGAGCUUUCUCCCACCAUAAAUGUGACUUCUUCCUUGCCAGCAGUUAAGCCUCACCUUCCAGUCCAAAAACAGUCUUCCAAGCAGAAAAGGGCUAUUCAGACUGCCAUACGAAAAAACAAAGAAGCCAAUGCUGUGCUAGCCAGGUUGAACAGUGAGCUCCAGCAGCAACUGAAGGAAGUCCACAAGGAACGAAUUGCCUUGGAAACACAGCUGGAGCAGCUACGUCCUGUAACAGUCUUAUGACCUUCAGCAUGUUAUUCGGUAACUCUGAGGGAAGACUUGCACCAAGAGUCUUGCAACAGCAGAAGCACAGCAUAACUGGAUAAAGUUUUUGCCAAGGGGACAGCAGUGGGGAAAAAAUAGAUUAUUUAGUCUCUUUUCCACCCCACUUUGCAUGUUAGCCUUUCCUGACAAAGCAGGUACAGAAAAUAAGUAUCAAGCGUAGGAUAUUUCUGAGUUGUUUCUGAGAAGAGGAUGAUUUAUGCUCUUCUCACUUUCUUCUCAGUCUAACAUGUAAAUUCAGUUUACCACUGUAAUGAAGAGUCUAAGAGUAUUUAUGUAAAGAAUUCCUGGUUUAUAUGCAUUCUUGAAGCACCUCUUGCCGCAAUUAUUGAGGUACAUAACUGCAAAAUUCUUGUCUAAAACUCAUUCUCUGAGAUGGCUUCCUGGAUGUUACUUAUUCCUGUAGGAGUACAUCAGGUGGAAUAUCUAUGGGUUUAAAAUAAAACCGAGAAUAAAACCUACUGGACAUACAGAAUCUUUGUCCACAAACAUAUGUCAGAUAAUUAUUUUCUUAAUACUGUAUAUUAUUUAGUCACAAAUGUAUUUUGAUGUUAGAAUAACUGUAUUUUAUAAGUAACAAAUCAUAUGAAAGAGCAGUAAAAAAUGAUUAUUUUGGAAAUUAGAAAAAAACUCUGUUUUGAGUUUUAUAACUGUUUGCUACUACCAGUGUUUAAUCGCUUGCAACUGCUAGUGUCCUUAUAAACUGUUAGCAUGUUUGAGAUCCUUAGUUUAUUGUUUUAUUGUUUGUUUUUAAAUCAGCAGCAUAGUUCUACUAAGAGUUAAAAAUGCAUUCUGCUUAGCACUUUUAUAAAAGCCAUUCUAUGUAUGUUUGUAUUAGUCUGCUUUCUUGUGUUAAUAGCUGCUGAAUUGUCUUAUGGAUGUCUACAUGAACUGUAUUUCCAAAAGAAUUGAGAUUACACAAGUGCUAUAUAUGAGGUUAUAAAAUGCUAUGAUGGAAAUUGCCUCCUACAGCAAGCUAUCAUUAAGGUUUCUUUUCACCUCACUGGAGGUGCUACUGAUAGGAUGAAGCUGCUAAUGCUCAUCUAUUUUCUAAAUGAAGAAGCAAAACUUAAUUUUAUCCUGGGCCUGAUGAAGAGCCAACAAAAUUCCAUGGGGAAUUUUUCCAUGGAUGCAGUGGUCAUUAGAGUUAGGUCUCAGUUCUAGCAGUGGGAGCCAGCCAACUGAUGUUGCUUAAUUUCUUGGGGCAAUACUAAUAUCAGACAAUGUCAUGUGUACUGAUGUCAGCCCUGCUCCCUUCAUGGGUGGUAUGCAUGCUUCAUUGCAAGGGAGUGCCACCUGCCUGUUGGCCCUCAUAAGCAUGACACAUAUCCAGGGAUGUGUUCCAUAUCCUAUUGUUCAGUGCCCUAACUUAAGUAUAGGCGUAUGGCUUUCAAGAAAAYGUGCAUUGCUUUUCUUCCGCUUCUAAGACGAUACUCUCUCUUAUAGCUACUGAUCCUGUAGC